AUGACUGCAACACUAGAUGACAUCUUAACUAAAGCCUUGUUAGAGACCCUGACUGAGCCAGGGAACCCAGCUAAGCUAAUGCCUAACCUGGAAAAUGUGGUGCUUUGUCGCGAGUCCCAAGUGUCCACCUUGCAGUCCCUGUUUGGAGAGAGACAUCAUUUCAGCUUUCCAUCUAUUUUUAUUUAUGGACAUACUGCCAGUGGAAAGACCUAUGUAACACAAACUUUGUUGAGAAGUUUAGAGCUUCCACAUGUCUUUGUGAAUUGUGUUGAAUGCUUUACUUUGAGACUGCUUUUGGAACAAAUUUUAAACAAAUUGAAUCAUCUUACUUCUUCAGAGGGUGAAUGUUCUGCUCACAUAACCUGUGAAACAUUUAAUGACUUUGUUCGCUUAUUUAAACAAAAAAUAACUGAAGCUGAAAAUCUCAAGGAUCAGACUGUAUAUAUUGUUCUAGAUAAAGCCGAGUAUCUAAGAGAUAUGGAAGCAAACCUUUUACCUGGAUUUCUUAGAUUACAAGAAUUGACUGACAGAAAUGUGACUGUUAUCUUUCUCAGUGAAAUUGUUUGGGAAAAGUUUCGUCCAAAUACCGGAUGCUUUGAACCAUUUGUCUUGUAUUUCCCUGAUUAUAGCAUAGGGAACCUGCAGAAGAUCCUAUCUCAUGAUCAUCCUCCAGAGUAUUCAGCUGAUUUCUAUGCUGCCUACAUUAACAUUCUUCUUGGAGUUUUCUACACUGUCUGUCGAGAUUUGAAAGAGCUCCGGCAUCUGGCAGUACUUAAUUUUCCUAAAUAUUGUGAACCUGUGGUUAAAGGAGAAGCAGGUGAACGUGAUACUCGCAAGCUCUGGAGAAACAUUGAACCUCAUUUGAAGAAAGCCAUGCAGACUGUUUAUCUCAGAGAAAUAUCAAGUUCACAAUGGGAAAAGCUACAGAAAGAUGACACAGAUCCAGGACAACUGAAAGGUCUUUCAGCAUAUACUCAUGUGGAACUUCCGUACUACUCUAAAUUUAUCCUCAUUGCUGCAUACCUCGCUUCUUAUAAUCCAGCAAGAACUGACAAGAGGUUUUUCCUUAAGCAUCAUGGGAAAAUCAAGAAAACCAGUUUUUUAAAGAAACAUGAAAAGACAAGCAAUCAUCUCCUCGGACCAAAACCAUUUCCAUUAGACAGAUUAUUAGCAAUAUUAUAUAGUAUUGUGGACAGCAGAGUUGCUCCAACAGCAAAUAUCUUCUCCCAGAUUACCUCUUUAGUGACCCUUCAGCUGUUAACCCUGGUUGGCCAUGACGAUCAGCUUGAUGGACCAAAAUACAAAUGCACAGUGUCUCUAGACUUCAUCAGAGCUAUUGCUAGGACGGUGAACUUUGACAUAAUAAAAUACUUGUAUGAUUUCUUGUGA